GAUUAUUCUUCAGCUUUUUUUUAACUGACGAGUGGGUAGCGUGGGAGGAAGUGUAAAAAAAAAUGUUCAUCUGUUUCAGAAACAUCAAGUGCAUGUAUCUACAUCAUCGUUGGAGAUUGUCCACCACAGAAUGCGUCAACGUGAGCAGUGACAAUAAGAAAAUGGAAAAGUUCCUCCCCUGCGUUCAAGCCCACAGGAAGUUCGCCCUAAUCCUUGGUUGAAGAUGGAUAGAUACCUCCUUGAUCAUCCCAAGCAGAUUGGCUUCAGUGGCUAAGAUGUCCCCCAUCUUGGCUUCCUCCUUGAAACUCAUAAAAAAUGGCUGGAAUUCUUUUUGAGGAUAUCUUUGAUGUGAAAGACAUCGAUCCAGAUGGCAAGAAGUUCGACAGAGUGUCUCGCCUACAUUGUGAAAGUGAAUCCUUUAAGAUGGACCUCAUUUUAGACGUAAACAUUCAAAUCUACCCUGUGGAUCUCGGUGACAAGUUCAGAUUGGUCAUUGCCAGCACUUUAUACGAAGAUGGAACACCGGAUGACGGGGAGUACAAUCCUCAGGAUGACAGACCGUCAAGGGCAGACCAGUUUGACUACGUGAUGUACGGGAAAGUUUAUAAGAUUGAGGGCGAUGAGACAUCGACAGAAGCAGCCACACGUCUCUCCGCCUACGUCUCGUACGGCGGUCUCCUCAUGAGACUGCAGGGAGACGCCAACAACCUCCACGGUUUCGAGGUGGACUCCCGGGUGUAUCUCCUCAUGAAGAAACUGGCCUUCUAAAGCCAAUUCUUCCCCCUUUACAGUCGACAUUAGUACAAUUACGCAGAAUUUCGAAAGGGCUUACCAAAAAUCAUGUAACAUGGACUAUUUUUAUAAUAAAAAAAAAAAAAAGAGCUGGACUAAUUUGACUGUGACACUUAGAAACUUCAGAACAUCUGCUGAUAAUCUGUAAAUAGACAUUUUUUUUUUUACAUGACUGUGUUUUUUGGAUACUCUACAUCUUCAUUCAUUUCGUGGCUUCAAAACGAUGGCUGUCUUCAAAUUUAUUACAGCUUUGAAAUUUGAUAGCGUAUUUUUCCUUUGAUAUGUUGUAUUACAACAAUAUUAGCAUUAAAAGGUUUAUUAUCAUCUGCCUUCCGUGCUAAUGUACAGUACACUGAACCUUGGGAUUAUAAACAAGUCUGUUUUAUUUUAUUAAAAAACAUAUUUUCUAAUAGGAGUCAUUUUCACUGUACUUUUUUAUGUUAUAGUGGUUAUCAAUUUAUAUAGUGUUUCA